AUGGCCGAGGAAACAGAUAAACCUGUUGGAGAGUACCUUGAGGCCCGAGACAAAAACGGGAACAGCAUAUCUGUGCUUCGGUACGGUGAGGAUGUCAUGCCGGUGAUGAAAGAAAUGCUGGAUUUCGGCGAUCCACAGGAACACCUGUCACAGCUGAGAGAAAUGGAGUUGAGAGAUGACGACAUCAUGUUGUGUGCUCCCGUAAAGGCGGGAACCCACUGGGUAUGGGAAAUCAUGACAAUGUUGACAAGAGGAACGACAGAAUACGCAUCAGGACCAAAGGAGGAUGCGAUGCUGGAGUUUCGUUCACUGGAAAAAUUAGACGCUUUGCCGUCACCAAGGAUACUCAACACUCACCUAAGGUUUAGCAAUCUUCCAAAGAAGCUUGUCGACAAGAGGUGCAAGAUUGUAUUUGUAGUGCGAAACCCUAAAGAUAUUGCAGUGUCUUUCUACAAUCAUAUGUCAGCGAAGGGCUCGGCAUUUGCUUACCGGGGCAGUUUUGACGAUUUCUUAUCUUUGUUUAUGAGUGAAGUGGUACCACAUAACACCUGGUCUCAGUAUAUGAGGGGUUGGGAAACGGAUCUGGAUACGAAUCCCGAUAUUCCACGUCACAUUAUCUACUACGAGGACCUAAAACAGAACCCUGUUCAAGAAGUAAAGAAAUUGGCAUCAUAUCUGAAUGUGACGUGUACCGAUUCAUUCGUCCAGGACGUUGUUGACAAAUGUUCAUUUGUAAAUCUGAAGAAGGGUAAAACCGGUCGAUCUGACACUAUGAUGUGGCACUUCCUCUAUAGGAAAGGAGAAGUCGGGGGAUGGAAACAGUGGUUUACAGUUGCACAAAGUGAAAUGUUUGACGAAUACUUUAGAAAAGAAAUGGAAGGCUCUAAAUUCAAAUUCAAAUACACAAUAUAA